AUGGUGUCAUCAUCAAUGUUUAUCAACACUAUUAGUAUUCUAUUUUUUUUACCAUUUAUAUUUGGUAAUAGUUUAAAAUAUGUAUAUGAAAAUCAAGUACAAAAAGAAUUUCUUGCUUCAAAUACAUAUUUAACAUUUGCUCAUCGUCUAGCUACACGUGGUGUUUAUCAGGGUUUUGCAAAAUUUUUUUUUGAUUCAGCUGAAGAAGAACGUGAUCAUGGAAAAAAAUUACUUGAUUUUUAUAAUGUACGUAAUCGUGAAUUACUUUUUUAUGAUAUCAAAAUUACGGAUGAAGUAGCAUCAAUGCAUGAUCUUACAAAAAUGAUACAAACAGCUGAACAAAUGGAACGACAAGUAUAUGAUAAUCUUAUUGAAGUACGUUUAGCAGCAAAUAAUGAUAAAGAUUAUCCAACUGUUCAUUUUAUUGAACAAACAAUGCUUGAAGAACAAACAACAGCUGUGAAAUAUAUGCAUGAUUUACUUAAACGUAUUGAACGUAAUUCGGAUAAUUCAACAAUUUUAUUACAAAUGAUUGAUCAAGAUUUACGAAAAAAACAACUGAAGAAACCAUAA